AUGACCAAGAGCCAGCAACGACACGAGAUCAUUUCGAACAAGGGCAGAUCCUUAGGAAGGGGAAAGAAGUUUCCUAUUCAGCUCACAGAACAGGUGCAGGUGUCUGAUUCUGUCACUCUCAAGAAGGGCAAGAAUUACCUGAAUUUCAGAGAGUUUCGCAAGAAGGCAAAGGAGAAAUGGGGCAUGUCCAAGGAGAAAGCAAAGGCAGAGUGGCAAAUCAUGUUAGCUGAUGUCACCAUUCCCAAAAGUAAGGAUCAGCAGGGCUGGCUGACUAUGCCGGCAAUCCAUCAGUUCAAGCGGGCUCCCCAGUUACCAAGUUGGCCUUGA